GCGAAGCUGCUAAUCUCCGCACGGUCCGGCGUUGACAACUAUCUGAAGCCGUCACGGACGCCUCCAUACCGCCUCAGAGCGACUGGCACAGCUCCGUACGCCGCGCUGCUGCUCCUAGCGAGCAUAUUGCCCUCCACCAGCGAGGUGCAAAAAAGCGCCGCGGCGCGCGCGAGGGGCACAGAUCGCGCACCCCACGCCGCCGCGAGCCACCCACCACACUCACCGCGCCGCGCCGCAGGUCGAACCAUGUCGCACCGCAAGUUCGAGGCGCCGCGCCACGGCUCGCUCGGCUUCCUGCCGAAGAAGCGGACGCGCCACCACUCCGGCCGCGUCCGCUCUUUCCCGAAGGACGACGCGUCGAAGCCCUGCCACCUGACGGCCUUCAUGGCUUAUAAAGCUGGCAUGACGCACGUCGUCCGCGACGUCGACCGCCCGGGCUCCAAGAUCCACAAGAAGGAGAUCGUCGAAGCCGUUUCUAUUCUGGAGGCUCCCCCGAUGACCGUCGUCGGUCUAGUGGGCUACGUCGAGACCCCGCGAGGCUUGAGGAGUUUGAGCACGGUCUGGGCCGCCUUUUUAAGUGAGGAGGUCAAGCGCCGCUUCUACAAGAACUGGUACAAGUCGAAAAGGAAGGCCAUGACGAAGUACGCGGCGAAGUGGACGGGCGAAAGCAAAGACGUGGACAGAGAACUGGAGCGCAUCAAGAAGUACUGUACUGUGGUAAGGGUCAUCGCCCACACGCAAGUCAAGAAGCUCAAACUCAGACAGAAGAAGGCGCACGUCAUGGAGAUCCAGGUGAACGGUGGUGGUUCCGUAGCGGAGAAAGUGGAUUAUGCCAAGGGCCUCUUCGAGCAGGAGGUGCCCGUGGACACGGUCUUCAACCAGGGCGAGAUGAUUGACGUGUGUGGCGUGACUCGCGGUCAUGGUACGGAGGGCGUCGUGACGCGGUGGGGCGUGACGCGCUUGCCGCGCAAGACCCAUAGGGGUUUGCGCAAGGUGGCCUGCAUCGGCGCCUGGCACCCGUCCCGAGUGUCGUUCAGCGUCGCUCGCUCCGGCCAGAACGGCUACCACCACCGCACGGAGAUGAACAAGAAGAUUUACCGCAUCGGCAAGGCCGGUGAUGCUAAAUCUGCUAGUACGGAAGCGGACCUCACGGAGAAGUCCAUCACGCCCAUGGGCGGCUUCCCGCACUACGGCGAGGUCAACGAGGACUGGCUCAUGCUCAAGGGCUGCGUCGCGGGGUCUCGCAAGCGGUGCCUGACCUUGCGCCGCUCUUUACACGCGAACUUCUCGCGGGUGCAGAUGGAGGAGAUCAACCUCAAGUUCAUCGACACGUCGUCCAAGUUCGGCCACGGCCGCUUCCAGACGCCCGACGAGAAGGCCAAGUUCAUGGGCCCGCUCGCGUCGAAGACGCGCGCCUAAGCCUCGGCAUUUU